AUGAAGAUGUCCAGAGAGGAACAGAGCUUGUCGGAUGUCGAGCUCAGUCCAGGUGUGUCGGACGACAGCCGUUCCCGAUCACCUGGUAAUUCCUCUGGUGCCGGUGGAGAUGAGUCACCCCUCCACAGGCAGCAGCUUCUGGCAGUUUUGGAUGACGGUGCAAGGGGCCAUCCCCCUGGUAAAUCUGAUGAUGAAGAUGAGCGCUUCCCAGUGGGGAUCCGCAAGGCGGUCAGCCAGGUGCUCAACUGCUACGACUGGACACUCGUCCCCAUGCCAGUGCGCGUAAACAAUGGGAGCAAGAGCAAACCACACGUCAAGAGACCGAUGAAUGCGUUCAUGGUUUGGGCGCAGGCAGCGCGGAGGAAACUGGCAGACCAACACCCACACUUGCAUAACGCAGAGCUCAGCAAGACCCUGGGGAAGCUUUGGAGGCUUCUUAAUGAGAGCGAUAAGCGACCCUUCAUCGAAGAGGCAGAGAGGUUGAGAAAGCAGCACAAGAAGGACUACCCAGACUACAAAUACCAGCCCCGGCGCCGCAAGAACGGAAAGACUGGUUCCGGGUCAGGAAGUGACGGAGACAGCAAUUUGGAGGGUGAGAUCAGGCAUAGACAAUCCAUCUACAAGGGCCUCCAUCUGGAUGUGGUCCACACUGGGGGAGCUGGGUCCGCUCAGGCAGAUGGGCAUCACCAUCAUGCUGCAGGUCACAGCCAUAGUCCUCCUACACCACCAACCACACCCAAGACAGAACUUCAGUCUGGGAAGGCAGGGGAUGGAAAGAGGGAGGCUUUGAGCAACGGGGUCUCCCGUGGCCAAAUGGGAGCAGAGGGUUGUUCAGGUGCCGCAGGGUCUGCAAAGCCUCACAUCGACUUUGGCAGUAUGGACAUCGGUGAGAUAAGCAACGACGUGAUGGCCACCAUGGAGCCUUUUGAUGUCAAUGAGUUUGACCAGUACCUUCCCCCCAAUGGCCAUCCAGGGAUCGGGCAGAGUGCUGGUUCAGGAGCAGCGACGCCCAUAACUACAGCGUCUCAAUAUAGCUACGGCAUCUCCUCAGCUCUGGCAGUGGCCAGUGGACACUCCGCGGCCUGGCUCUGCAAGCAGCAGCCGCAACAACAUCAUGGCUCCGCUCUGAAUUCAGACCCGUCCAAGGCCCAGAUCAAGAGUGAGGCCGGAGGUGCUGGUGCUCACUUUUCUGAGGGGGCUACAGCUGCUUCCCAUGUCACCUACACCCCUCUAAGCCUCCCUCACUAUAGCGCUGCCUUCCCCUCCCUGGCAGCCAGGGCUCAGUUUGCAGAGUAUGCCGACCAGCAGGCCUCAGGGUCCUACUACGCUCACUCUAGCCAAGCAACUGGCUUAUACUCUGCCUUUUCGUACAUGGGGCCCACCCAGAGACCCCUGUACACGACAAUCACUGACCCAUCCAGUGUACCACAGUCCCACAGCCCCACACACUGGGAGCAGCCUGUCUACACUACACUGUCGCGGCCAUGA